ACAGACUUUGUCUUGACUUUGUCCAACUUCCCCCAAGUGCACACUUCCCGACAUGGAUUUCACAACGUUGGAAAGUCCCUGCAGCUAAUGUUUACACCAAUCCAAUGCUUUUAACCAUCCCUCGAAGUUUACACGUGUACACUUUGGGGAAAAGGGUGUAGAAUCAGAACACAAACUGUAUAUGUUGGUAUUUUUUGGGGAUAAUAAGUACUAUGUUGUAUGACAAAACAGGGCUUUUUGAUUCAAACCUCAAUUCAUUUCUUUCUUGUCUUAUGUGAUUUCCCACAGACUCUAAUAGCCUACCGUGGGAUGAACAAGCCUUUUGAAGCAAAUUUUUCUGAUAAGGUGAUAAGAGUGAACAACAGUGCUGUCAUCCUCUCUGAAUGCCUGAAUCUGACAUUCACAUUCUUUCAUGUUCUCCAGGGCAUGGUUGAGGUGUGCCAUUUGCAUUACAUUGUUGCAGAGAGGGAGCAUGAGGCUGUGACAACUAUCAAUCUGACUGACACCUCGGACGACACAUCAGGAAAUGGAGACAAAGCCAAAGUCACUAGCCACACAAAGGAAAUCACUGCUGGUGUUCUGGUUUUCUUGGUUCUGCUGCUGGGCAUUGCUGGUUUCUUAGCGUACAGAUAUGGCUACAUUCCUUGGAGAAACAAACAUCCAUUUCCUCUUGCACAGCUAGCUCGGCUGGGUCGGGACUACCUUAACACCAACAGGGAAAACCAGAGGGACAACGGAGAUCCUGAUGAUCCAGCUGCUGAGGACGCUGCGUCUCUCCGAUCUGCGCUUGUCGUUGGCAGGGUUAACGAUGAGACUAAGGAAGUGACUCCUGGUGCACAGAGUCCAGGACCUCCUCAGAUGAAUGGAGGACCUCCCAUGUCUGACAGGUUGGAGAACAACCAUGUUGGUCAGCGGAUGAAGAAAACUGCUCUGGUGAACAAGCAGGACCAGGACUGGUUAACAAUGGCAUGAAGCCAGUUGAAAAUAUAUAGCAUAUAAGAUGAAACUAAGUGAAAAUAUAACAUGAUAUACACUGUAAUAUAGAACAGUAUAAUAUAAUAUGACAUUAUAUAAUAUCGUAACACUUACUUGAAGCUGCUUCUUGUAUAGUGUUAUAUAUUCUAAUGAAUGCAUUCUUAACAACAUGAAUGAUGCAUUAAUGCAUACAUAGGACAUAACUGUAUAGUAAAAUGCUAGUAUAAUACUGUGCUGGUAAGCUGCUAGCUGUGGGGUUGCCCCCAGCUGUGGUUUCUGUUAUUCAGAGAAUCUACGCUCAACUGUGGUUCAAAUCCAUAGUUUUUAGCUUAGUUGUUACCGUAAACUAGCACUUCUUAGAGACAAAGUUAUGGAAAAUGCUGUAUAACUACUUACCAUUCUGAAGUGUAACAGUCAGGUUUUUAUGUAACAAUUGUUAAUCCCUUUUUUAAAUGUUUAUUUAUAUAUUUGUUUGAUUUUAUUGAAUUAGUAUGACUAAUGCUUCAAUGACCAUGCAUUAUUUUACACUCCCGUAUAAAGGGAUAUUAUUUUACCCUCCCGUACAGAGGGAUAUUAUUUUACCCGACCGUAUAGAGGGAUAUUAUUUUACCCGGCCAUAUAGAGGGAUAUUAUUUUACCCUCCCGUAUAAAGGGAUAUUAUUUUACCCUCCCGUACAGAGGGAUAUUAUUUUACCCGACCGUAUAGAGGGAUAUUAUUUUACCCGACCGUAUAGAGGGAUAUUAUUUUACCCGACCGUAUAGAGGGAUAUUAUUUUACCCGACCGUAUAGAGGGAUAUUAUUUUACCCUCCCGUACAGAGGGAUAUUAUUUUACCCGACCGUAUAGAGGGAUAUUAUUUUACCCGACCAUAUAGAGGGAUAUUAUUUUACCCGACCGUAUAGAGGGAUAUUAUUUUACCCUCCCGUAUAAAGGGAUAUUAUUUUACCCUCCUGUAUAGAGGGAUAUUAUUUUACCCGACCGUAUAGAGGGAUAUUAUUUUACCCUCCCGUAUAAAGGGAUAUUAUUUUACCCUCCCGAAUAGAGGGAUAUUAUUUUACCCGACCGUAUAGAGGGAUAUUAUUUUACCCGACCGUAUAGAGGGAUAUUAUUUUACCCGACCGUAUAGAGGGAUAUUAUUUUACCCUCCCGUAUAGAGGGAUAUUAUUUUACCCUCCUGUAUAGAGGGAUAUUAUUUUACCCUCCCGUAUAGAGGGAUAUUCUUUUAGUGACUAAAACAUUUUCCAUUAUUUGUAUCCAAAAUAUAUUUAAUUAAAACAUAUAAUUUUC